AUGCACCAAGCGAGUGCUGCAGCGAAACGUACACGGUACAAAGCGAAUGGCGCGCUCAUUGGAUUAGCCGAAAUGUGCAUCUGCGGGGUGGGACAAAGCGCCGGGACCGGGAGCGGGAGCGGCACAGGAAGCGUGUACGGUGUAAGAGAACGGGGCGGCUUUGUAUUUUUGCAAAUUCGAUGUGAACGCCGACGGUUGUCGGUGCUGGCCUUCCGAGGGCAGAGCUCGACUGCGAGCGCCGCUGCACCGACCUACGGCAAGGCUGGCGUCCCCUCCGUUGAUCGUUUACCC